AUGCGCACCAUUGCGACUACGGCGGUGCUUCUCCUGUCUGCCAAGACAUGGGCCUUUUUCCAUGCCACCCAGAAUAAUCAGAGUCUUACCAUUGCUAACGAUCGGCUGGUCGCGUCGGUGAGCAAAUCGAAGGGGUACAUCAAUGUCUUGACACUCGACGGGCAGAACCUUCUGGGAAAAGAGUCAGGCAGUACCGGAAUUGGACCGUAUCUUGAUUGCUACUGUAUACCAAGUGGAUUUUGGACGCCUGGAAGUGGCAAGAACGUCCAAUACCAGCUCUUCAGUGGCACCGAUUCGACAGGUACUCCAUAUGGCGGCAUCAGCAUGGGGGAAACAUAUGCGCCUACAGGCCAACGACUGGAACAGUACUGGUUUCUGAAAGAAGGCGAGACGGGUCUUCACACCUUCAGCCGACUGGUAUACCACAACAAAACGACGCCGUUUUUGCGGAAUCUGCAGGAGUUCCGGACGCUGUUUAGACCAAAUCACGACCCUCCGCUCUUUACGCAUUUCGUUACUAACAGCAAGUUUUUCGCGCCUCGUCCAGACACGGACGGCGAAGUGGUAGUCCAGGACGCAACUUGGCAGCUGGCCAACAAGGACGAUCCGUACGUCAAGGGCGUAGGAGAUUACUUCACCAAAUACACGUUCCAGGACACAUGGCGCGACCAUCUGGCGCACGGCAUGUAUGCUGAUGGCAGUGGCAGCACGAACGGGUCUACAUACGGCGCCUGGCUUGUCCACAACAAUGUCGAAACGUAUUUUGGCGGCCCCGUGCAUUCAGACCUCGUCGUAGAUGGCAUCGUGUACAACUACAUAGUGUCCAACCACCAUGGCGACCAGACGCCCAACAUCACCGACGGCUUCGACCGCACGUUUGGGCCGCAAUAUUUCCACUUCAACACGGGCGGCACGCUCGAGCAGCUCCGCAAAGACGCAGAGCAAUACGGCCUCCGACCAGACUGGAACGCCGCCUUCUACGACUCCAUCGCACAGCAUGUGCCCAAUCUCGUCCCGACCUCGAGCCGCGGCACCUUCAAAGCAAGCAUCCAGCUUCCCCCCGGCGCCAAGAAGCCCAUUGCCAUUCUCACGGAAAACGGGCGCAACUUCCAAGACAACGUCUUCGACACAACCGCAUACCAAUACUGGGCCGACGUCUCCACCUCCACGGGCAAAGUCACCAUUCCCCGCGUCAAGCAAGGCAAAUACAGACUCACCGUCUACGCCGACGCCAUCUUCGGCGACUACACCCAAGACGACAUUGUGAUUUCGGCCUCGAAAACCACAUCCAUAGCAGUAACAUGGACGCCCGAAUCCGCCGGGAAAGAGCUGUUCCGCAUCGGGGUGCCCGAUAAAUCGUCGGGCGAGUUCCGCCACGGCACCGCUGCAUCACCAACGCACCCCCUGUUAACUGAGGAAUACCGACUCUACUGGGCGGCCUACGACUUCGUCACCGAGUUCCCGCACGGCGUCACGUAUAAAGUCGGAGUCGACGACGCGGCCUCGGCGCUCAACUACGUGCACUGGGCUGUGUUUGGCGGCAAGGCGAAUGCCCGGCGCCCAGUCCCCGUGCCGGACCACCAGUACAACUGGACGAUUUUGUUUGACGCGCAUGCAGCAGACCUGGCGGGAAGGGAGAAGGCGACAUUCACGGUGCAAUUGGCGGGUGCGAAGACGGCGGCAGGAAACACGGACGUGUUUAAUGCCAGUGAGCCGUAUUCGAAUCUGCCGUACAGUGUUAGUGUGAAUGGGCGGGAUUUGGAGCCGUGGGUGAUACCCUACUACCAGUCGUCCUCGUGUGCCGUCCGCUCAGCAAUCGUGUGCUACAACCUCGCACACAAAUUUGAGUUUUCGGCGUCGAUGCUAAAAGAAGGCGAGAAUAUGUUUGUGCUGAGUUUGCCGUACAACGCAACCGACUACGAGAGUGCAGUGCUGCCAGAGUCGGUCUAUGUGCAGUACGAUGCACUGAGACUGGAAGUGGCUUAG